GUGGGGCACGCGCCCUCCCCCAGCCACCAGGCUCCAGAGCCCCCCCCUCCCCACCAAAGGUCACAGCCCCCUCCCCGGCAUCUCCCAGCCAUAGCCCGGCAGCCGGCAGCCCCCCCGCCCCAUGGCGGCCAAGUGGUUCAGGGAGUUCCCCUCCAGUCUGAAGACGGGCAGCGGGAGCCUGGGCAAACUGUGCAGCGCCUCCCGGAAGCCCCUGGGCCCCGCCGAGCCGGGCCCCGGCCCAGUGCAGGGCAAAAACCGCAAGAACUCGGCGGCCGAGCUGGGGGGCUGCCGAGCGGCUCCGGGGCCCGGCAAGGAUGGCGGCAGCAGGCUGUCCCGGGACAACCUGCAGGGGCUGAUCCAGGCCGCCACGGGCAAGAUGCGCAAGAACUCACGGGCGGAAGGCAGCCCCCAGGAGGGCGCCCCCAAGGGCCCCGGCUGCAGCACCUACAUGAACCGGCUCAUCAAGGUGGACGCCCAUGAGAAGAAUGGGAAAAGCUACCCCAGCGGUAGCCCAGCGCCCAGCCCGGCGCCGGAGGAGGACAAGGGCAAGACCCCUAAACAGGAGACGGUCAUCAUUCUGGAGGACUACGCCGACCCGUACGACGCCAAGCACACCAAGGGCCAGCGGGAGGCGGAGCGGCUGGGGGAGAAUGACGGGUACAUGGAGCCCUACGACGCGCAGCAGAUGAUAACGG